AUGAAGGCAGAAGAUAUAGAGGGAGAUGAAGAGACGUCUGUGACUGAUAUGAAGGCAGAAGAUAUAGUGGGAGAAGAAACGUGUGUUACUGAUAUGAAGGUAGAAGAUAUAGAGGGAAAAGAGACGUAUAUGAUUGAUAUGAAGGCAGAGUAUAUAGAGGGAGAAGAAGAGACGUAUAUGACUGAUAUGAAGGCAGAAGAUAUAGAGGGAGAAGAAGAGACAAAAGAGUCACAUAUUCUCCUUGCUGCAUCACUACAGAAGUCUCUUCCCCUACACCCUCCUCUGUCAGUACAGACUAAUGAGGGAAAUGUAUCUGCUCAAUGUGGGAGUCAGGGGAAAUGUUUUCUGUAUAAAUCAGAACUUGUUAUACAUCAGAGAAGUCACACAGGUGAGAAACCAUUUCCAUGUUCUGAGUGUGGGAAAUGUUUUAUAGUCAAAUCACAUCUUGUUGCACAUCAGAGAAGGCACACAGGUGAUAAACCAUUUCCAUGUUCUGAGUGUGGGAAAUGUUUUCUGUAUAAAUCAGAACUUGUUAUACAUCAGAGAAGGCACACAGGUGAGAAACCAUUUCCAUGCUCUGAGUGUGGGAAAAGCUUUGCACUCAAGUUACAUCUUGUUAGACAUCAAAGAAGUCACACAGGUGAGAAACCAUUUCCAUGCUCUGAGUGUGGGAAAAGCUUUGCACUCAAGUUACAUCUUGUUAUACAUCAGAGAAUUCACACAGGUGAGAACCCAUUUCCAUGUUCUGAGUGUGAGAAAUGUUUUCCACUCAAAUUACAGCUUACUAGACAUCAGAGAAGUCACACAAGUGAGAAUACAUUUCCAUGCUCUGAGUGUGGGAAAUGUUUUCGGUGUAAUUCAGAACUUGUUAUACAUCAGAGACGUCACACAGGUGAGAAACCAUUUCCAUGCUCUGAGUGUGGGAAAUGUUUUCUGUGUAAAUCAGAACUUGUUAUACAUCAGAGACGUCACACAGGUGAGAAACCAUUUCCAUGCUCUGAGUGUGGGAAACGUUUUGCACGCAAAUCACAGCUUGCUAGACAUCAGAGAAGUCACACAGGUGAGAAUACAUUUCCAUGCUCUGAGUGUGGGAAAUGUUUUCUGUAUAAAUCAGAACUUGUUAUACAUCAGAGAAGUCACACAGGUGAGAAACCAUUUCCAUGCUCUGAGUGUGGGAAAUGUUUUCUGUGUAAAUCAGAACUUGUUAUACAUGAGAGACGUCACACAGGUGAGAAACCAUUUCCAUGCUCUGAGUGUGGGAAAAGUUUUGCAUGCAAAUCACAUCUUACUAGACAUCAGAGACGUCACACAGGUGAGAAUACAUGCUCUGAGUGUGGGAAAUGUUUUCUGAGUAAAUCAGAACUUGUUAUACAUCACAGAAGUCACACAGGUGAGAAACCAUUUCCAUGCUCUGAGUGUGGGAAAAGUUUUGCACGCAAAUCACAUCUUGCUAGACAUCAGAGAAGUCACACAGGUAAGAACACAUUUCCAUGCUCUGAAUGUGGGAAAUGUUUUCUGUGUACAUCAGAACUUGUUAUACAUCAGAGAAGUCACACAGGUGAGAAACCAUUUCCAUGCUCUGAGUGUGAGAAAAGUUUUGCACGCAAAUCACAGCUUGCUAGACAUCAGAGAAUUCACACAGGUGAGAAUACAUUUCCAUGCUCUGAGUGUGGGAAAUGUUUUCUGUGUGAAUCAGAACUUGUUAUACAUCAGAGAAGUCACACAGGUGAGAAACCAUUUCCAUGCUCUGAGUGUGGGAAAAGUUUUGCAGGCAAAGCGUAUCUAGCUAAACAUAAAAAAUUACACAGGAGUAAAGCAUUACUAUGAUCUGAUACACAACAGGGUUGUAGCAACACUUUAUUGUAUUGGACAGGUCCGGACUGCCCAUCUGUCACCUCUGGCAUAUUCCAGAAGUGCCAAUGGACUGUUGGUUUCAUCCAGUUCCACAGAGAUAUAGGAAGGCUGUGUGCAGCGCAGCCUCUGGCUCUCUGGUUUAGCCGCCCCUACUUCCCAAAGUGUCUACCCCACACCCACCCCAUAAAUAAUUACAUACAUUGUGCAUUAGGGAACACAUAUUGUUUUUUCUUACACAGAAUUACCCCUCCCUUUUAGCACCUCAGUGACAUCACAAUCUGAUUGAGCAGCUUGCCAUUAUGUGCAUUGUAUUUAGAGAGGCAUGGGUGGGUCAGCAUUAGGAUGGAUUGCUUACUCCAGAGUGCCUUUGGAGAAGUUAGGGGUGUCUCCAGGUAAGCUGGCUCUCAGAUACUGUAGGAGCCAUCAUGUGGCCUUACACUGGGCAUUCAGACCCAGACAUAUAUGUAAUUAUUUGUGGGGUGCAGUGGCCCCUAUGUCAGUAUGGCUGCAGUGAUCGCAAAAACGCGCUAUGGCGCGUUUUUUACCCGUUUUUGAAGACAUGGGACUCCAGUUUACAAAGUGGGAGGGUCCCCAGGGACGCGCUCCUCAAUAGCCAAUCCCUAAGGGGGAUUUGUUUUAACUGACACGCUAGCCUCGGGCUGAAUGAUAUAAAGAGGAGGUGGAGCCAGUUUCCCCUCCUCUUUGGCGCCUGGCUGCUUGCGGAGGCCGGGUGACUUGGUGUCGGUGAGUGAAUAGUGCGGCUG